AUGCCGAAAUCCCCUUCCCCGCCAUCUUCGGGGAAGAAGAGACCGCAUCCCUCCAGCGAAACCCCUCCAACCCAGUCCGACAAUACCGCCAAUAACCCCUCCACUGCAACCAAUCUCCCCUCCACCUCGCCCGCGCUGUCCACCACGACCUCGUCCUCUGCGUCCUCCUCAUUCCGCAAUGUCUCGGCCUGCAAUCGCUGCCGUCUGCGCAAGAACCGCUGCGACCAGCGUUUGCCGCGAUGCCAGUCCUGCGAGAAGGCGGGGGUGCGCUGUGUCGGCUACGACCCCAUUACCAAGCGAGAGAUCCCGCGCAGUUAUGUCUAUUUCCUGGAGACCCGGGUGGCCUAUCUCGAGAAGCAGCUGGCCAUGCAUAAUGUCGAAUUCAAGAAAGCGGUAGCCUUCGACGAAGAGGAAGCGGUCAAAGUCGAGACCGAAGGUGAUUCCCACCGCGGUGAUGGCACAGCCGGCGAGGCCUCAACUGCGGAUAAGGCACAAGGGAGGAAUCCAAGAGUGAAAGAAGAGUCUGCCGACCAAAACUUCGACGGUGAUGCGGCCCGCGAUGGAGAUGGAGACGAGGAGAACUGGCGACUACACAAUCUAGUGUCGAACAUUGGCAUGGUCUCGGUGCAAGGAACUUCUGAUCCUCGAUACCUGGGCUCUACAUCCGGGAUUUCGUUCGCGCGAGUUGUGUUUGCUGCCGUACGGAGCUCUCUUCCGGGCAACAUGCCGGACCGCGCUCCGGUCCGUACGAGUGAACGUCUGCCCCAGGGCGCUGCCGGCGCCCCCGGCGUUGGCGGGGGGUCGAUGCGAGAUUCGUUUUUCGGGCUGCAAACAAGACCGAUGAUGAAACGAGCUGCCUUCCCAGAUCGGGAGCUCGCCGAGAGGCUAGUUGACCUGUAUUUUGAACACGCGAAUCCUCAGAUGCCCAUUCUCCAUCGAGGCGACUUCAUGGAGCUCUUGGACCGCACAUAUCAGUUAGAGGAGAAGAACCGAUCUCCCCGGGCCCUCUACACCCUCAAUAUCGUGUUUGCCAUCGGCGCGGGCGUCAUUUACGACGAUAAGUCCCAAGGCUCAGAUGACGAAAGUCGCUCUAGCCGCGACCGGUCAUCAUCUACGUCGAAAAGACCGAGACUCUCAAGUCAUCAGUAUCAACCAGAGGAAUACCAUGCAUCUGCGAUCAUUCACCUGGAGUCAUUCCUUGGCUCCUCGUCCAGCGAAGGCUUCGGCGGGCUGGAGGAGCUUCAAGCAGUGCUUCUCUUAGCCAGCUUUGCCUUGCUGCGGCCGGUUGCUCCCGGUCUCUGGUACAUCGUCGGAGUUGCUACGCGCUUGGCUGUGGACCUCGGACUUCACUACGAGGACGGGGUAGGCAUCGAUUCGGGUGCGAAAGAUGGCAGCCAAACCAAACCGCGCAUCGACGCCCGCGAACGAGGCCGGCGCGAAUGGGUGCGUGACCUCCGCCGUCGUCUGUGGUGGUGCGUCUACAGUUUCGACCGUCUUGUUGCGACCUGCGUCGGACGGCCGUUCGGCAUUAGUGAUCAAGCGAUUAGCACCGAGUUCCCGUCUAUGAUGGACGACAAGUUCAUCACUAAAGCUGGCCUCCUAACACCUCCCGAUGGCACCCCGACAUAUAAGCACGUCGCAUUCCAUUACUUCAAGCUCCGUCUCCUCCAAUCCGAAAUCCACGAUGUCCUCCAAUUCCAACAGGCGCGUGCCGUACGAAGAAGAGCUUCGAGCGGCACCGUUAUCCUUCCUCAUGCCGAACUUACCUCUCCUUUCCUCCAGGGCUUUGACACCUUCCGCUCCUGGCGCCACGAUGUACAUCGUCGUCUGGUGGAAUGGCUCGAGACCGCCCCGACACGCUCCGACACUGGCGUGCGAUUCUCUAUCGAACUGCUUGAGCUGAAUUAUUGGCAAGCUAUUAUUCUGCUGUAUCAACAGAGUUUGACUGUUCCCGCUGAACUGGCGAGCGAGUUGACUCCGGAUGACGUUUCUAGUCCGUCUUUCUCUAAUGUGGAUGAAGGCGACGAGGAGGACCACGUUUACCUCAACGUAGCUGAGGCUGGUCAGAAGGUGAUUCGGAUUUAUCGUCAACUUCACCGGGUGCGCUUGGUCAACUACACUUAUCUGGCCACCCACCAUAUUUUUAUGGCUGGUACGAACGAUGCGUCUCCCUCUCUUGUUCGUUGUCAUGUCAUUAACACUGUUCUUCUAGGAAUUUCCUUUUUGUAUGCGAUCUGGCAUUCGCCCCUGGUGCGAAGCCGUUUGACACUCGACGAAGUCGAUUUCACCGUUCUUGCUGCAACCUCAGUUCUUGGGGACUUGUUCCAUAAGUGUCCUCCCGCAGAGGCUUGCCGAGAUGCCUUUGAGCGCAUGAGCAAAGCCACUGUCCAGAUGUGCCUGUCCACCACCGGCUUCGGGUCGCAGGUUGACAUGAGCCGCAUCCAAGCCACUACGCGUUCAGGCGGCUCUUUCCAGUCUGGUGGACCACGGCAACCGUCGAUGGACCAGCGGCCACACCUUGGCCAAGGCCAGGCUCGGCGAAAUACGCAGACCCGCGUCACUCGCCCGCCUCCUAAAUUCGACAUGAACCUGGCGGAUUUGUUCAACGACAAUACUCCGCUUGCCGAUCGGUCUCGACCUGGAGGGCCAUCUUUCCCUGUCCGCUCAGAGUUCACGGACUCGUCGGCUCCCGGCUUCGCCGCUGACCGCUCUUCUCGGCAAUUCGGUCAGCGCACCCCUUCUAUGGAGUACUAUCUCAAGUACGAGAACCCAGGGUCUCCACAGCCCCCGCCACAGUUCUUCUAUGGGGGUUCGCCUGGUUCACCUGGUAGUGUAGCCGCCAACUCCGGCAAUGGGCCCCACGCCGUCCCACCUACUGAGGCCGACGCGCAGCAAUCAGGCAUCAGCCUCGAUUUCUUGGAUUUUGGGUCUGGGGAUGCGGAGAACGCAGCCGGCAUGGACCCCGAUGUCAAUGCGGAUUACAGUUUGGCGAACAUGCCCUCUCUCGGCCAUAAUUUGGGCCAGAACGUGGGGAUUGAUCUGGGGUUCGGUAUGGCAGUCGACUUCCAGCAUGAUUGGAGUGAGAAUCCCAACUACGAUCUUUUAGAGGGCUAUUUCUUUGGCGGUUCGGGAGCAGGCGCUUCUGGUGGUGAUGCUUAG